AUGAACUGGAAGGCUACAACCGUUCUUUUUUGCAUUUACGGGAUUAUCAAAGAAUUUCGGCCGGCCACUCCAUUCCUUACUCCGUUCCUCAUUUCACACUACAAGAAUCUCACACUGGAUGAAGUUUAUGGACAGAUUUUUCCAUUCUGGACGUAUUCCUACAUGUUUUUCUUGGUACCUAUAUUUAUUUUAACGGAUCUACUUCGUUAUAAGCCUAUCAUCGUGCUCGAGGGUGCUUGUCUUUCGAUCACAUGGGCACUCCUUGUCUGGGGUCAAGGCGUGCGACAAAUGCAGCUGAUGCAGAUUUUCUUCGGUGAACUAACUUUCGCCAGUACUUGA